GCACGUGUGUUUGAGCAUGCGCACAACUUCGAUUCUUUCUUUCUUCUAUAAAUCACGUUGAGACAUCAAGAAGAUGCCUGGAAAAGGAGAGAAGACUAAAUCAGCUCUAAAGGAAGUCGUGACAAGAGAAUACACCAUCCACUUACAUAAAUACAUACAUGGAAUUGGAUUUAAGAAGAGAGCUCCUCGGGCUAUUAAGGCGAUUAAGAAAUUUGCACAGAAACAAAUGAGGACCACUGACGUUAGGAUUGACACUAAACUUAACAAGGAGGUGUGGUCAAAGGGAGUCAGGAACGUUCCAUUCAGAAUCAGAGUGAGACUCCACCGUAAGAGAAACGACGAUGAUGACACUGCCAAUAAAUUCUACACUCUUGUCACUCAUGUUCACGUGGAGUCAUUCAAAGGGCUAGAAACAAAGACGGUUGAUGUAGAUAGUGAAGAUUAAAAA